GGCUCUGCUGAGGAGGGACUGCACGGCGCCAGGAGAGUCUGCUCUCCUCUCAAAACUUUGGUAACUCGGCGACAGGAAUAUCCACACCAGUUUAUCUCGAUUUGUUAGCAACGUUUCUAAACUUUCCGUGCCAAGAGGUGAUGCUGGGCGUGGCUGGAAUGACGGGCAGCAUUGCUAAUGCCCUGGCCAAUGCGGCCUGUGAGAGAUGUAAGAGUGGCUUCGCUGCGACUGAGAAGAUUGUCAAUAGUAACGGAGAGCUGUACCAUGAGCAGUGCUUUGUGUGUGCCCAGUGUUUCCAGCAGUUUCCAGAGGGACUCUUCUAUGAGUUUGAAGGAAGAAAAUAUUGUGAACAUGACUUCCAGAUGCUCUUUGCCCCUUGCUGUCAUCAGUGUGGGGAGUUCAUCAUUGGUCGUGUCAUUAAGGCCAUGAACAAUAGUUGGCACCCUGACUGCUUCUGCUGUGACAUUUGCCACGCUGUGCUUGCGGACGUGGGGUUUGUCAAAAAUGCUGGCAGGCACCUGUGUCGCCCGUGCCAUAACCGUGAGAAAGCUCGUGGCCUGGGCAAGUAUAUCUGCCAGAAGUGCCAUGCCAUCAUCGAAGAGCAGCCACUGAUCUUUAAGAAUGACCCCUAUCACCCAGACCACUUCAACUGCAACAACUGCGGGAAGGAGCUGACAGCCGAAGCCAGGGAACUUAAGGGAGAGCUGUACUGUCUGCCCUGCCACGACAAGAUGGGUGUACCAAUCUGUGGUGCCUGUAGGAGACCCAUUGAGGGGCGCGUUGUCAAUGCUAUGGGCAAGCAGUGGCAUGUGGAGCAUUUUGUGUGUGCCAAGUGUGAGAAGCCUUUCCUCGGCCAUAGGCAUUAUGAAAGGAAGGGGUUAGCUUACUGCGAGACUCAUUAUAACCAGCUCUUCGGCGAUGUGUGCUAUCACUGUAACCGUGUGAUUGAAGGCGAUGUGGUGUCUGCUCUCAACAAGGCCUGGUGUGUCAGUUGCUUCUCAUGCUCCACCUGCAACACAAAACUCACUCUCAAGAACAAGUUUGUUGAGUUUGACAUGAAGCCUGUUUGUAAAAAGUGCUACGAGAAAUUUCCUCUGGAGCUGAAGAAAAGGCUCAAGAAGCUGGCUGAGUCCUUGGGACGCAAGUGAUUUACCUCCAGCCAAACAACCCGGAAGUAAUCCUGCUGUGGCUGUAAUGGUAAUAUAUCCAGGGGAACUGCUGCAUUAAUAUAAGGACCUGGCAUUGUACUGGUACAUCAAUAUUACUAAUUUAAAUGUGGGAUCCAUUUAGAAAUAUAAUAAUAUGUAUUCUAUCACUGUGGUGUUCUCUGAAACGUGCCUAUUAGCAGAUGAUUUUUGUGCUACUUCUUUAAGUAAGCAAUUUUUUUUCGUACAUUCCUAAAUUGUCCAAAUAUGUUUUUCUUUUCUAGACGAGGCAUGUGGUGUCUCAGUUUAUUAUGACUUUACCAUGAGCGUAAUUGCUAACUGCUAUGCCUAAAACUGUUGAAUUUGAGAAGAUUGUUAGGAUAGAAGUUGUUUGGCAUUAUUUUGAAUUGCACGCGUGCCUUGAAUAUAUGAACUGUGCGUCUUAUAAUGCAAAUAAUGGUUAAAAUGUAUCUUACAUACAGUUAUGCCUUAUUAAAUGUAUCUACUUUGACAAAGUAUCUAUCUGAAAACAGAAAAUUACUAGACUUCUCACCUUUUGAGCUUUUAUACCUCAGUAUGAGUAAUUGCAAAGCGACUGCUGUGUUUAUUUAGGUUGUUGUAAUGGUGUCUCUUCUCGUUACCUGGGAAAAACAACCACUAAGUGUUAAUGAAUCCUACCUUAGAUAUGUUUACUUUAAUACACAUCAACUGGAGAUAUUAAAUGGAUUUUAGAAGUUGGUAUACAGUGUUUAGGACCUGUUGUUUCUGGUGCCUCCUGCCACUUUUCUAUCAGCCUGGCUCGACAGGUAGAUGGUCCACAGGUAAAUAUUUUAUUCAAAGAAUUACUCUAUUACAAUUUGUACUAUUGGCUCCUUAAUCCAAUGUUUUGAAACAUCAACAGUAAGUUAGGAGAAAGUAUGAAAUCAGAGGAUGCUGUUAUGAUUAGUCUCUUCUAUUGGUGUUAAGACCCUCAUUACGUACUGUAUGCUUUCAGUGUAUAUGGUGAUGUAAUGGUAUUGCUUUUAUUGAAAUGCCUGAGGUUUGUUAGUCUGAUAUUUUCAGCCAAAUUAAUGUUUGCAACUUUCUGACGGGAAACAGUUCAAAGGAAUCCAGAUGAAAUAAACCUUCAGCUGAUUAUUUAACAUUCAUUUAACUUUGAUGUUAAAAUAUCAUUAAUGAGUCAGCACAUUGCUUGGGCUGCGAGAAGUGCCACACAACAGAGUUAUAUUCACUGGAUGAGCAUUUUUUAUUAUGGAACACUUUUACAUAUGCAUUUUAUUUGCCAGAGUUUACAUUUGAUUUGCAAGAAAUUAAUAAUUACAGUUUACCACAGCACAUAUACUGUAUUUGAUUUUCUGCUCAACGAUCAAUAAAGUAUGCCUAAACACA